GUCACGGUGGCCAACUGCGGCUUCCGGGUCCGCCGGAAGUGACGGCCGGAGCCCGGCGGGUCUUGCGGCUGUGGAGUACGAGGCGCCGCCGCGAAGAUGGGCCGCGAGUUUGGGAAACUGACGCGGAUGCGGCAUGUGAUCACCUACAGCUUGUCGCCCUUCGAGCAGCGCGCCUUCCCCCACUACUUCAGCAAGGGCAUCCCCAACAUGCUGCGCCGCACGCGGGCGUCCAUCCUGCGCGUCGCGCCCCCAUUCGUAGUGUUCUAUCUUGUCUACACCUGGGGGAACGAGGAGUUUGAGAAAUCCAAGAGGAAGAAUCCAGCUACCUAUGAAAAUGACAAAUGAGCAACUCACCUGGCUGAAGUUGGCCUGUCUCGGAAAUACGCUUCUCUGGUAGAGGAGUUUGCAUUGUAGGGUCUUGAAUACAGAAUAAAUGUCUUGUAGGAUG